AUGCAUGAAGGAGGGGAGCUGCAGCAGCCGCAGGAGCAGGAGGAGGUGCAGCAACAGGAGAGCGUGCACCAGGAAGAGGAGGAGGUGCAGCAACAGGAGAGCGUGCACCAGGAAGAGGAGGAGGUGCAGCAACAGUUUGAUGAGGUGCUAAACGGAGAUGAGGUGCAGGAGCUGCAGGAGAAGGAAGAGGAGGAGGAGGAGGGGUUGAGAGCUGAGGAGAUGCAUCGGGAAGAGGAGGUGCAGCGAUGUGAGGUGGAGGAGGAGGAGCAGCAGCAGGAGGAGGAGGAGGAGGAGGAGGAGGAGAUGCCACAGACUGAGGACGAGCAGACGGAGGUGCAGCAGCAGACUGAGCAGCAGCAGCAGAGACAGAAGGAGGAGCAGGAGGAGGCGCAACAGACGGAGGAGACACAGGACUUCGAAGACGCUCUGGAGCAGAACCAAAACAACCAGGUCCUGAUCCGACUGAGAGGAAUGCAGAAAUACAAAAGUACAUCGCAGAGGCUGAAGGGGGUCCUGGACCAGAUGGACCGGGGCGUGGUGGACCUCCAGGAGCUCCGCAGGAACCUGGAGCUGGCUGCGGCCAUGCUGGACUCGGUCUACACGGACGAGACCAAGCGCCUGUUGGACACCGAGGACGAGCUCAGCGACCUGCAGGCGGAGUCGGUGCCCAGCGAGGUCCGUGAUUGGCUGGCAUGCACCUUCAGCAGUAAGAUGGGCGUGGCCAAGCGGCGUCCGGAGGAGAAGCCGAGAUUCAGGAGCAUCGUCCACGCAGUGCAGGCUGGGAUAUUUGUCGAGAGGAUGUACAGACGGACGUCCAACAUGGCGGGUUUGACCUACCCACCCACAGCUUUGGCGGCUCUCAAGGAGGUGGAUCAGUGGUCCUUCGAUGUCUUCUCCUUCCACGAGGCCACGUUAGACCACGCCCUCAAGUUCCUGGUCUACGACCUGCUGACCCGAUAUGACCUCAUCAACAGGUUCAGGAUCCCGGUCCAGGCGUUGGUGCAGUUCGUUGAGGCGUUGGAGAACGGCUACAGCAAACACAGGAACCCGUACCACAACCUGACUCACGCCGCCGACGUGACACAGACCGCCCACUUCCUCAUGCUGCACACCGGACUCAUGCACUGGCUGAGCGAGCUGGAGAUCCUUGCGAUGGUGUUUGCUGCAGCGAUUCAUGACUUCGAACACACAGGAACCACCAACAACUUUCACAUCCACACCAGGUCGGAGGUCGCCAUCCUGUACAACGACCGCUCGGUGCUGGAGAACCACCACGUCAGCGCCGCCUACAAGCUGAUGGCGGAGGACGACAUGAACAUCCUGGUCAACCUGAACAAAGACGACUGGAGGGAGCUGAGGACCCUGGUGAUCGAGAUGGUGAUGUCCACAGACAUGUCCUGCCACUUCCAGCAGAUCAAGACCAUGAGGAACACCCUGACGCAGACGCACAGUAUAGACAAAGUGAAGGUUCUGUCUCUGAUGCUGCACGCGGCGGACAUCAGCCACCCGGCCAAGGCCUGGCCGCUGCACUACCGCUGGACCCACAGUCUGAUGGAGGAGUUCUUCAGACAGGGAGAUAAAGAGGUGGAACUGGGCCUUCCGUUUUCUCCUCUCUGCGACCGUAAAGCCACCAUGAUCGCCCAGUCGCAGAUCGGCUUCAUCGACUUCAUCGUGGAGCCGACGUUCAGCGUUCUGAUCGACACCACGGAGAAGGUGAUUGGUCCUCUGAUAGAGGAGGACAGGAAGGCGAAAGAGACUGGAAACCGGAGAUCGAGCCUCACAGGAAGUGGGACGGUCACCGUGGAGUCGGUGCAGAGACACAGCAGCAACCGCCACGGGAAGAACGACGAAGGACAGACCGACUUCUCUCUGGCGGCCAUCGACCUGCCGGCGCUGAGGGCCCACCUGUCCGGCGUCAUCGCCAGCAACAAGGACCGGUGGAAGGAGCUGUCUGUGCACGAGCUGGCCGAUAAGGAACAGGAGGAAAACAAGAGUGCGGAGAGCAAGGUCGACGCCGACAUCCAAUCAGAAGCCUCGCCCAGCCGCAGCGUCCCGGACAAGCACACCUCCGACCAAUCACAGAGCGAGGACAAAUCACCUGACCACAGCACUUGGAACGGGGAGGGGCCAGAGGACGGGGAGGAGGAGGAAGCGGCGGGCGAAGACGAAGUGCCUGAAAACGCCUGA